AAGAAAGAAACAUGCAGGUUCAUGGCGGGAACUUGGCGGUUCAGGGAAUGCAUCAAGGGUACGUGUACUCGAGGAGGGUGCUGCUGCACGGCCACAGGGAGAGCUACGCCGUGGCCCGACAGGAGGCUCCGGCCGGCGACGGGGCCCCCGUCGCUGGCAGCACCUUCGACGCGAACGUGGUGAUGAUCCUGGCCGUGCUCCUGUGCGCGUUGAUCUGCGCGCUGGGGCUCAACUCGAUCGUGCGGUGCGCGCUCCGGUGCUCGAGCACCCGGAUGACGCCGGCGGCGGCCGGCAGCCGGGAGCUCGGGUCUGUGGCGCGGCUGGCGCAGGCCGGGGUGCGGCGGAAGGCGCUGCGGGCGAUGCCGACGCUGGUGUACUCGGCGGGGCAGGCGCUGGGGCCGAGCCCGGCCCCGACCCCGGCGUGCGCCAUCUGCCUGGCCGACCUGGAGCCCGGGGAGCGCGUCCGGGUGCUGCCCAAAUGCAACCACGGCUUCCACGUCCGCUGCGUCGACCGCUGGCUCAUGGCCCGCUCCACGUGCCCGACCUGCCGGCAGCCGCUCUUCGGGGAGCCGCAGAAGGCCUCCGGGUGCGCCGAGGCCGUCCACCAGGACGACGGCGGCGCCGCGCCAGUCCGGUCCUUCUUCGUGCCGCUACCGCCGGAAGGCUUGGUCACGCCGUAUGAUUUUUAGGUCUAAGUAAUAGCUGUAGUUACAUCUGGGAUGGAUCAUGAAAUGUGCAUUGUACACUGUGCAGCCUCUUCUCCUUUACAGAAAACCAAGAUUCAAGUGAUAA